CUGCCAAAUUAUUCCGCAGUAGCGGUUGAAGUGGUUCCUCGGUUUAAUAAUAAAGAAAAUUAAAUUGCGCUUUAAAUACGGUCCCGCAACCAUGGCUCACUGUACGAGAGUUUUGCAUGGCCAAGGUAGCAGGACGAGGUUAGCUCUCGUAGAAAUCCAAAAACGAUGCUUCAGCGUGUCCCCCCUCACCGCGGCAGCGGCUCAGGUAGCUAUGUCGAAAUUCGACAAGGUCCCACUUCCAUAUGAUAAAUUAACGAAGACUUUGGAAGUUGUGAAGAAGAGGUUAGGUCGUGACAUGACCUUGUCUGAAAAGGUUCUGUAUUCUCACCUUGAUGACCCUAAGGGACAGGAAAUCGAACGUGGCACAAGUUACCUACGUCUCCGACCUGAUCGCGUUGCUAUGCAAGAUGCCACUGCUCAGAUGGCCAUGUUGCAAUUCAUUUCAUCUGGAUUACCUAAAGUCGCAGUACCAUCUACCAUCCAUUGCGAUCACUUGAUUGAAGCGCAGACUGGUGGGACAAAGGAUUUGGCAAGAGCUAAGGACAUCAACAAAGAAGUAUACAAGUUCCUCGAGACAGCUGGUGCUAAGUAUGGUGUCGGUUUCUGGAAGCCAGGCUCUGGUAUCAUCCAUCAGAUCAUCUUGGAAAACUACGCCUUCCCCGGUCUCCUGAUGAUCGGAACCGACUCUCACACACCCAAUGGAGGCGGUCUUGGAGGUCUUUGCAUUGGCGUGGGCGGCGCCGACGCCGUGGACGUGAUGGCCGACAUCCCGUGGGAACUCAAGUGCCCCAAAGUCAUCGGUGUUAAACUUACCGGUCAGCUGAAAGGCUGGACGAGUCCCAAGGAUGUUAUCCUCAAGGUAGCGGGCAUCCUCACAGUGAAGGGCGGUACCGGAGCUAUCGUCGAGUACCACGGACCCGGCGUCGACUCCAUCUCGUGUACCGGUAUGGCCACCAUUUGCAACAUGGGUGCUGAGAUCGGUGCGACCACCAGUGUGUUCCCGUUCAACAGCCGCAUGGAGGCCUACCUGAAGUCCACGGGGCGCCACGACAUCGCGGCCGCCGCCAACCAGUACAAGAACCUGCUCACCCCCGACCCCAAGGCGCCCUACGACCAGGUUAUCGAGAUCGACCUGUCGACCCUGGAACCACACGUCAACGGCCCGUUCACUCCGGAUCUGGCCAACCCCAUCUCCAAGCUCGGCGAUGUAGCCAAGAAGAACGACUGGCCCGUCGACAUCCGCGUGGGCCUCAUCGGCUCCUGCACCAACUCCUCGUACGAGGACAUGGGUCGCUGCGCCAGUAUCGUCCGAGAGGCGCUGGGCCACGGGCUGAAGUCCAAGAUCCCGUUCAACGUGACGCCCGGCUCCGAGCAGGUGCGCGCCACCAUCGAGCGGGACGGCAUCGCGCAGACGCUGCGGGACUUCGGCGGGACGGUGCUGGCGAACGCAUGCGGGCCGUGCAUCGGCCAGUGGGACCGCAAGGACGUGAAGAAGGGCGAGAAGAACACCAUCGUCACGUCGUACAACCGGAACUUCACGGGCCGGAACGACGCCAACCCCGCCACGCACUGCUUCGUCACCAGCCCCGAGCUCGUCACCGCGCUGUCGCUCGCCGGUCGCCUGGACUUCAACCCCGUGACCGACGAGCUGACGGGUACCGACGGCAAGAAGUUCAAGCUGUCCGACCCGUUCGCGGACGAGCUGCCCGCCAAGGGAUUCGACCCCGGCCAGGACACCUACGAACACCCGCCCGCUGAUGGAUCGAAGGUUCAAGUGGACGUUUCACCUUCCUCCGACCGCCUGCAACUCCUGGAACCCUUCGACAAAUGGAACGGCAAGGACCUUACGGACUUGACGAUCCUCAUCAAGGUAAAGGGAAAGUGUACCACCGACCACAUCUCCGCCGCCGGACCCUGGCUCAAGUACAGAGGACAUCUCGACAACAUCUCCAAUAACAUGUUCAUCACCGCCACGAACGCGGAGAACGGCGAGCUGAACAAGGUGCGCAACCAGGUGAGCGGCGAGUGGGGCGCCGUGCCCGCCACCGCGCGCGCCUACAAGGCGGCCGGCGUGCGCUGGUGCGUCGUGGGCGACGAGAACUACGGCGAGGGCUCCAGCCGCGAGCACGCCGCGCUCGAGCCGCGCCACCUCGGCGGCCGCGCCAUCAUCGUCAAGUCCUUCGCCAGAAUCCACGAGACCAACCUGAAGAAGCAGGGUCUGUUGCCGCUGACCUUCGCCAACGCCGCCGACUACGACAAGAUCAAGCCCGACGACAAGAUUUCCCUGCUCGGCCUGAACUCGCUCGCACCUGGAAAGCAAGUCGACUGCGAGAUCAAACACAAGGAUGGAAGCACUGAUCGUAUCAAGCUGAACCAUUCGCUGAACGAGCAACAAAUAUCCUGGUUCAAGGCGGGCUCCGCUCUAAACAGGAUGAAGGAAAUCGCCGCCGGAAAGUGAACAUAAACUCAAUCGUAUUUUGUACUUGCACUGAAACGUAGUCGAAAGUAGAACCAACGAUUUGCGAAAUGUAUACAACCAUAGACAAGAUUACUUUUUAUUUACGAUACUUAACGUAUGAAUGAGGUUUGAUUCUAAACAGUAUUGUUAACGAGCCGUUACGAAUGUAAUAAAGUAGAAUAAAAUGGUGUUUAUAUACG